AUGAAUCAGAACAUUGUGCAGAAGCAACUCGUCACAUUAGACCAGGUUUAACCAACAACGAGAAAUAGUUCAUAAGAAACCUGUAUUUUUCAGACUUUUUUGGUAUUUGAUAUCGAGCAACCAGUUGAUGCUGAUCAAAAAAUCAAAUUAAAUCGCUUGAGUGGAGUUGGUCCAAUUCAUUGGAGAUUCCAGGUAUAUUAUUUGAACUUUUUUCAAACAAAAACAUAGGUUUAUAGACGAACUCGCCAACUCAUUACAUAGUUACUCCAAAUUCCGGAACUCUCCGAGAUGACGAAAUUGUUGAAAUAACAAUAACUUUGCACAAAAAUCGAUUCCGUCCAAGAGAUGAACUUAUUCUUCAGGCAACACCAGCAAUAAUGGACAUUACAGAGGUGAAUCAAAUGUUUUAAAAAUAUUUUCAAAAUUAAAAGAAAACUAUUUUCCAGGCUUCUACGUGGGAAAACAUUGAAAACAUGCAACAUAUCAAUUUCGACAUUGGUACGACUGUUAUGAACAUCGAAAAAACAUUAGAAUCUUCGAAAAGUGCCAAUCAACAAGAUUUCAAACAACUUAUCGAUGUUUGUGCAUCAAAAGGAGAAGAUGAAUUGAAAGCACUUCAUAAAAUGACAACAACUGAUAUUGAAACAUUGAAUAAUAAUAUCGAACAAUCGAAGCAAUUGAAAAGUGUUCUACAAAAACAAGUCGAACAGAAGUUAGUUUAUUUUGGGAGAAAUUGGGUUUCUGAUAGUUUGUAUUUUAGCGGUGAGAAUAUCUCAUCCAGCAAUCUGAAUACUUGAAAAUUGUUGUCUCGCCAAUGUUUUUUUUUUUUGGAAAAUGCAUUGUUUUUCUAAACAUACCUCGACCGAGGUCAUGAUUCCCAAAUGUAAAAAUUGUACCAAUUCAGUGUGAAAUUAAAAUUUUCAAGACUUUCAUCUCUAAAAAAUGAAAUGUAUUGAUUUUCAAAGUUUUACUAUGGCCCAGAACAUGUUAGCCGAGUUGUGUUUUUCUAAAUAAUUGUUCAAAUGUUUCAAUAUCUCCGAAUUGUAUUUUUUUUGAAUGUUUUGCCACAUUGAAAAGUCUGAAUAUUUUGAGGAAGCACAUGGUAUCAGAAUAUAGAACUAAACUGGCAGUUUUGGAAGGAGGAUAUAUGAAAAAGAGUGCAGAAGUGGAACGUCUUCAAGCUGAAUUAUCACAUUAUCAUCGUAUUACAGCUCUAAAAGUAUCAUCUCCAAAUACACAACCUCCUUCGAAUUGUUCUAUUUCAUAA